AUGGAGUGCUUCAUUUGCAAGCAAUCUGGCCACAUUGCCUCGAAUUGCCCAAACCCUCCAACUAAUAUUUUACCGUCACAAACCACCCCUCCCGUACAACCUGAACAGGCAUCUCCAAGUACGAACUCCACAAAUAGAAUAGAGAGCAAUGAUACGACUUCGAAUGUGGACCCGAUUACACCACAAGAAAACCCGCCUCUUGCAGAUAUGACACCAUCCCAAAAACACGGUUAUUCCCAGCUUUCAACUCCAAGUGAAACCUCAAGUUUACCUGUAGACACAGAAGAGAUCAAGGACGCUAUGCCUCCCCCCGCAUCCUCUACACUUCCGACAGCAGUUAAUAAAGCAACAAAGAAGAAGCGCAAGAUAGGUGAAGCUACUGAAUCAAAUCUCACAACAUACAUGAAAGUAUGCAUAGCGAAAUCCUAUCAGAAAACACCUGAUGCAUUCAUACUUCCAAUUGAAAAUCUUUAUGACUUCUUAGAAAAUACUUUUGGUAGCUCAGAUCCGUUUCUGGAAGCCAGUGAACACACUGAUGACCUAAUUGGCCUAGUCUCAAACCUGAAUCUCAUUUACCCCGACCUCACAGAUAGAUCCUAA